AUGGAGGCUGUCUUUAAAUGACCUCAUUGCAUGUACACUCCACCCCUACUUUGGAGUCUCUCUGUAAUUUUCAGGUGCUUGUGUGCUGUCCUCUUAUGCAGUAGAUCCUGUUGAAUUUCAGACAGGAUUGUAGUGUGGAAGUCAGUGCAGCUGGCUCUUACUGGAAUGCAUUCAACUAGGAAAGCUCUGGACAGGUGACUCUCUCUGGCAAGAAAAUGCAUCUAUGAGCAAGACGUUAUUGCUGACAUAAGAAUUAUUGACUGUGGUGAGGGGAUGAUCAGCUUGACUUUCUGUAGGUGCUGCUGCUUCACCACCAAUGUAGUCCUAGCGGCUUGGGUUGUUUUGCUGACAGUUGGGAACGGUACUCCCUGGAAGCAGUGGGUUCCCCGCCUCCGCCUCUCAUAUCAAGACCUCCUGAAAUCAAACAGCUCUCAGCUGCUCUUGGACUCUGAGGAUGAGCUGGCACUCCAGUCACUACUUGUGGAUGAAAAGAGGGCAUGGCUGAUGGCAGGCGCUAAGGACCACAUAUUUUUGCUCAACCUUGACAUCCCCAACAAAGAGCCGCAGAAGAUUUUCUGGCCAGCUCCUAGAGAGCAAAUGGAGCAGUGCAGACUGGCUGGGAAGAAUCCUAAGAUGGAAUGUGCCAAUUUCGUCCGUUUUCUCCAGCAUUUCAACAGCACUCAUGUGUUUGCUUGUGGAACAGGCUCCUACCAGCCAAUAUGUGCCUUCAUAUAUCUCAGAGCUGGAGUGGAGGAACCAGUGGUGUCAGCUGUGCAGCUGGUGACGUCCUCCAUAGAAUCUGGAAGAGGCAAGUGUCCAUACAGCCCCCAUGAGCCUUUCACAGGGCUGCUCAUAGAUGGGGAGUUUUAUUCAGGCACUUCUGUUGACUUCAUGGGCAGCAGUGCUGCUUUCUUCCGUACACAGCUUGACAGGGUUGACCAGAACUAUAUCCGGACAGAACAGAACCAGGACUACUGGUUAAAUGAGCCUGUGUUUAUUGGUGCCUAUGCUAUUCCCGACACCUACAACCAUGAUGAUGAUAAGGUGUACUUCUUUUUCCGGGAGACUGCAGUGGAAGCUGGACAGUGGGAGAGAAGGCGCAUCUAUAGCCGGGUGGCACGGGUCUGCAAGAAUGAUGUUGGUGGGAAGCACAGCCUCAUCAAUCGUUGGAGCACAUUCCUAAAAGCCCGGCUGGUUUGCUCCAUUCCAGGUCUGCAGGGCACAGAAACGCACUUUGAUCAGCUGGAGGAUGUAUUCCUCCUUCACACCCGUAAUGCACAGAACCCUCUCGUUUAUGGCCUCUUCACAGUGUCAAGUGGCAUUUUUAGGGGCUCUGCUGUGUGCGUUUACUCUCUGGCAGCCAUUCGGGCUGCUUUCAAUGGACCCUUUGCACAUAAGGAAGGCUUGGACUAUCAGUGGGUGGAAUUCAGGGGACGGAUCCCCUACCCCCGCCCUGGGACGUGUCCCAGCGAAACAUAUGACCCACUCCUCCAGUCAACAAAGGAUUUUCCUGAUGAAGUGAUUGGCUUCAUGCGCACCCACCAUCUGAUGUGGGACCCCAUCUAUCCACUCCACUGGAAGCCUGUUUUGAUGAGAGCUAAUGUAGCUUUCCAGAUCAAGCAGAUGCUGGUGGACAGAGUGGAUACAGAGGCUGGACCGGUUGAUGUCCUCUUCCUUGGAACAGAUGAUGGCAAAGUACUAAAAGUGGGGAUUGCUGGCAUAGGAGGCCAAGACCCUCAGGAAAUUAGCUUGGAAGAGAUCAGUGUUUCAAAGAUGUCUUCAGCCAUCUUAGACAUGCAGUUUUCUCCUAAGAGGCAGGAGGUGUAUGUGAGCACUACAAAUGGCCUGGUCCGGCUCUCCCUGUAUCGCUGUGAACACUAUGGAAAAACCUGCACUGAAUGCUGCCUGGCUAGAGAUCCCUACUGCACCUGGGAUGGCAAGUCCUGCAGGCCCUACUUGCUCACCAAAAAAAGGCGAGCCCAGUGCCAAAAUUUGCUGGAGGCCAAUCCGAUCAGCCAGUGCCAGGACACUGCAAAAGGAAUCUCUAUGGCUGAAGAAAAGGUGGUGUUUGGUGUACAGAACAACUCAACUUUCCUUGAGUGCCUUCCACAUUCCCCGCAGACGGCUAUCCGUUGGCUUGUGCAGCGCAGCAAUGCACCAGUCCUAGAGGAGAUUGGGAGCAUGGGCCGCUUUUCAAUCCUAGAGCAAGGGCUGCUGAUUAAUCAGUUGACCCAGGAGGAUGCUGGGAUCUACCAGUGCCAAGGGAUGGAACACUCCUUCUCCCAAACCCUCACCUACUACAGCCUGCGCAUCAUCGGGCACCAGGCCAUGGAGGCUUUCACCUCCAGGCGGAGCAAGAGCACAGAGGAAGCAGGAGGCCUGCACGGCACCAUCCCUGCGUCAGAGCUGCAGCUGCAUUACAAAGGGUAUUCGUGGGCCAUGGGCGCCCCUGGCACUAAUUUGGAUGAGCUUUGCGAUGCUCUCCAGCGGAGGAAAAGGCGGAGGCAGAAGGGAUGGAGCCCAAAGUGGCAGCAGCAUCCUUUAGAAAGCAAAAGAGGCAGAGUCCGUCGGCAGCCUGGGCCCCUGUAGUGUUAUGCAAGGAACCCAAGCAGACUCACCAGGCACUCUCUGGAGACCUUUUGCAGCCAAGAGCCCUUCGCAUCCACAUCCACUGCAUUAUGGCCUCCAGAUCCCGCUCACUACAUAGGCCAAGAAAGGCCAGCGAGCUGAAGCUCUGGGUUUUUGCCUUCUGGUAUCCUUGGGUACCAGAGGAAGGAAUAUACUUGCAAAGGCAGCCCGAGGAGUGCAGUGGGAUUGCCUUCCCAGCCUAUGUCACGCGGGAUGGACUGACCAGCCUGGUUUGCCUCGUGAUACUACCACUCCUCUGUAAAGAUUGGACAAGAGAGCUUUAUGCUCUUUACAUAUCAUAUAACACAUAUUUUGUAGUUGUCUUCACUUUGUAUUCCUAAUAAAUGGUGACCAUUAAAGACACUGGGGGUACCAGUUUCUGAGAGGCCUUUUAUGCACCU